CUCUUUCUGUGUUCCGAGUCCUGAGACUCUGCAGCAGAGGGACUCAGCAACAGCAGAGAGAAAGAGAAAGAGAAAGAGAAAGAGAAAACUGAGCGGAGAAACACGAAACGCUUCGAAACGCAAAACCUAGAGCGCUAAUUUUGUUCAUUUCUCUCCCAUGGAGAAUCUCUCGCAUUCUCGGCAUCCAAACAGGUCUUCUUCGGCCAAAAUGAUCAACAAUGGCGGCUUCUUAGGGAAGACGCUGUACGACGACGUAUACGGUGGUCCGCCGAAGUUCGGCCUCUCGUCUCUCUCGCCUCGUAUGGAGGACUACAGCGAAAUUUUCGGGAGCUUCCACGCGUCACGCGCCUCGUCGAUUCCGGUGCUUGAUGUUCCCGCUGUCGACCAAAACGAGGUCUUCUUCGAUGUACGGAGCUCCGGUUUUGACUACGGCGAGGUCUUCGGGGGCUUUAACGGUCUGGAUUUCGCGGUUGCGUAUGACGACCUGGUUAACCAAUCUAAGGGUGGAGAUGGUGACUGUGAUUCCUCUGAUGAAGCUUGGACUCCUGCAGAAUCUGGGUCUCUGUCGGAAGGAUCAGAUGAUUCCGGCAAGAACCAAUGCUUUUCAAAUGGAGAUCCUUUCCAGUCACUUGAUGGCAGUACAGAGUUCAGCAUAUCAUAUCACACCGCUCAUCAAAAAAGCAAUAAAGAUUCUUUGAACGGGAUGACGCAUGUAACUCGGGCACAUGUUCCUGGAUACACUUUUGUGCUGGAUGAAAACAUUCCUUCGCAACAGACAGAAAAUGAGAAUCCAAUCUUGCAAGUGACUGAAGAUAGCAAGUUAAGUAUGAACUGUAACAUGGAAAGGGUGAACGAAAAGCAUCUCAAAAAGACCAUGUCACACCCCCCUAAUGGUAGUUCUUCCGGACAGGCAUUUGGGGACAACCUUAAUCCUGAAAGGGGAUAUGGUAGAAAUGGUUCUCAUCAUAAAAAGCCUUUUGUAACUAUAUCAGACAUAAGCCUUAGAACUCAGCCCUCUCAAUUGCCACCACCCUCUCGACCACCGCCCAUAGUAGAUGGAAACAGUGAAGAUUCCGGUAGAUUGUCUUCAAAUUCUGACACUGUAGCAUCUGAUGGGACUACAGGUGAUACUUCACCUCCUUUCUUUGAUGUAGAGGUAGAUGCAAGUUCAUCUGCUGCAGUAUCUGCAGCAGCUAUGAAAGAAGCAAUGGAGAAAGCCAAAGUACAAUUGAAAAGUGCAAAAGAGUUAAUGCAGAGGAGGAAAGAGGGUUUCCAAAGGCGUACGAAAUCGGGGUCAAAGAAAGAAAUGAAAGAGAAAGAAAGAAAGGUGGGUGAAAUUGUUGAUGGUUCCAACAGUAUGAAAGAUGAUAGAGUGCAGGGCACUUCUGAAAGAGAAGACAAUGGAAUGAAAUUUGCUGUUAGGAAGGAAAGGCAAAAGGUGUUGAAGACAGCCAGAGAAGUUCCAGAAUCUCUAGAAGAUGAAAAUUCAUUAAAUGUGGCUAAAAAUUUUGCACAAGAGAAGCAUGGGAAGGGAUCUUGGUCAUCUCAGGGGUCUUUCAAAAUUGAUGAAGCUAGUGAAUGGCAAGAAGCAACUCAAUAUUUUGAAUUGGUGGCAAUAGAUGAGUCCAGGAAGGCUUUUGAGCUGGAAAACAAAGAGAAGAUUUUGGUUCAGAACAGAAAAAGUUAUGAGCAUAGGCAGAAAGAAAAAGCAACCAUGGAAGCAUUGGUUCAGCAAGAAGAAAAUGAUAAGAAAGUAAGAGCAGCUAUAGAAGAAGAAUUAGGGAAGCAACCUCGUGAAUGGGAUGAAUGCAGUGCAAAAUUAAAAGCUGCUAAAGAGGCAUGCAGGCGAAAAGAGCCUGAGAAAAAGGUGAAAGUGACUCAUGAAAUUCGUGAGGAGGGAAAGAAUGAGAUGAGUCCUAGCAUGGGUACACUGCCUGCAGAAUCUGAGAAGCAAAGAGACAUCAUGGUAGAGGUUCAAGAUAAAGAAAUUAAGUUCAAAGUUGAGCAGGCCAGGAAGCAGAAAGAAAAUGAUAAAAGAAUUAGAAGUGACAAAAGACUCAAGGAAUCUUGUGGAAGGGAAGAUUUUGAAAAGAGACAAGAAGAAAAUGAGAAGAGGCUGAAGAAGGUUCUUGAGCAGAAAGAAAAUGAGAAGAGGUUAAAGGAGGCUCUUGAGCAGGCAGAAAAUGAGAAAAGGUUAAAAAAGGCUCUUGAAUUGCAAGAGAAUGAGAGGAAAUUAAUAGAGGCUUUUGAAUUGGAAAAUAAGAAGAAACAGAAAGAGGCUACUCAAAGAGAAGAAAAUGAGAAGCGGCAAAAAGAAGCUCUUGAGAGGGAAGAGUAUGAGAAGAGACAAAAAGAGGCUGCUCAAAGAGAAGAAAAUGAGAAGUGGCAAAAAGAAGCUCUCGGGAGGGAAGAGUAUGAGAAGAGACAAAAAGAGGCUUUUGAAUGGGAAAAUAAAAAGAAACAGAAAGAGGCUACUCAAAGAGAAGAAAAUGAAAAGCAGCUAAAAGAAGCUCUCGAGAGGGAAGAAUAUGAGAAGAGACAAAAAGAUGCCCAUGAAGGAGAGGAAAGUGAGCAAAGAUUUGAAAUGGCCCAUGCUCGGGAUCAGCAAUAUGACAAAAAAGGAUUAAUGGAGGCUAAGGACAUAGAAGGAACUGAUGUAACAUUAAAGGAAGUGUUUGGGCAAGUAGAAAAUCAGAACAUAAAAAAGGCCAGUGAUUCGGAACAGACUGGGAAGACUGUUAAAGUUGCUGGUGACUGGGAAGAACAGAAGGUCCUAAAUAAAACAAAUGCGGGAACAGAGAGGAAUGAAAAUGGUCAGGAACCAAGAUCAGUUAAAGGCUUGCACAUGGAAGAGGGGGAUCUAAGGGUAUCUGAUGAAACAUGUAACAAAGGUUGUAAUAAGGACUCUCAAGCGACUCAAAUAGCCAGCAAACAUGUUGAAAACAGUGAAACAACGGAAGCAACUCAAAAGGCCCCCACUCAUGAAGAAAAUGGAGAGAAAGGGACUGAACACAAAAUUAGUGAUACACAACCAGAAGUAGUUGAACGAGUAAGUGUGUCGAAUGACUUAAAAUUCAAAGCAUCUAGAGUUUCCCUAGAGGAUUUAGAAAAUGGAGAGAACCGGUUCAGAAGGGAAUAUUCCAAUGUUUCUCUUCCUUUAGAUGAUAGUGUGAAGAAAGCAAGGGAAGAAAUUAGGGCUGAACCUAAAGCUAGCAAAAGGGAAUUGGGGGAAUUUGAAAUGGAAAAUGUGCAGGUUGAUGAAAAGUUCAAAGCAUCUGGCAUGGCCCAAGGAGACAUAGAACACGGGAAUAGCCAAGUUAGAGUGGAUGAUGCCUACGAGUCAAUUCCUUUAGAUAAGCACACGAAGAAGGCAGGAGAAGCUGGCAGUGGCAUUGUACAACCACAAGUUGAGCAAUUUAAGAGUACCUCUCGAAUGGAUUUUGAUCAUGAAACUAAAAAGAUGGAAUUUGUUCAGGAAUGGAAAGAGGGUGAAAAGGACUUGAAGGGAGUCCAAGCUGGCUCAAGUCGGGAAGAAAACAAGACAGCGAACUUGACCCCUGAACCGGUGAAAGAGUUUGUUGAAAAUAAAAGGAAAACAGAAGCAGCUUAUCCAGUCCUGGUAGAAGUAAACAGCCAGAAAUCAUCUCGGCAAGUUAAUUCAAGCCAGGUGCCAGAGAGAAAAGAUAAGAAUCUUAAAGAGACCCUUAAAAAUGGGGAGAAAGAAACUGAAAGGUUGAAAAGAGAAAGAGAGCUCGAAAAUGAUCGCCUUAGAAAGAUAGAGGAAGAAAGAGAAAGAGAGCGGGAAAGGGAAAAGGAUAGGAUGGCUGUUGACAGAGCAACACUUGAAGCUCGCGAAUGGGCAUAUGGGGAAGUUCGUGAGAGGGCAGAAAGGGCUGCUGUGGAGAGAGCAACAGCUGAAGCUCGACAAAGAGCAAUGGCAGAGGCUCGUGAAAGAUUAGAGAAGGCAUGCACAGAGGCCAGAGAGAAGUCAAUAGCAGGGAAGGCAGCUAUGGAGGCCAGGCUUAAGGCAGAGCGUGCUGCAGUAGAGAGAGCAACUGCAGAGGCCCGAGAGCGUGCUGCAGAAAAAGUAAUGGCUGAAAGGGCUGCUUUUGAGGCAAGAGAACGAGUGCAAAGAUCUGUUUCUGAUAAGUUCUUUGUUUCUUCUAGAAAUAACGGUUUGAGACAUUGCUCUUCAUCCUCGGAUCUACAGGACUCGCAAUUUCAGAGCACUGGGGGUUCAAGAUAUCCAUAUUCCUCAGUUUAUGCUGAGAGAUAUGAGGGAGUUGAAGGUGAAUCAGCUCAAAGGUGUAAAGCAAGACUAGAGAGGCAUGCUAGAACAGCCGAACGAGCGGCAAGAGCUCUUGCAGAGAAGAAUAUGCGUGAUCUUCUUGCACAAAGAGAGCAAGCAGAGAGAAAUAGAUUAGCCGAGAAUCUGGACGCAGAUGUCAGGAGGUGGUCAAGUGGAAAAGAAGGCAACUUGCGUGCAUUACUUUCGACUUUGCAAUAUAUCCUUGGGCCUGAUAGUGGUUGGCAGCCUAUUCCCCUAACGGACGUCAUAACUGCUGCUGCUGUAAAGAAAGCAUACAGGAAGGCCACUCUUUGUGUUCAUCCUGACAAGUUGCAACAACGGGGUGCAAGCAUUCAACAGAAGUACAUAUGUGAAAAAGUUUUCGAUCUUCUAAAGGAAGCAUGGAACAAAUUCAACUCAGAAGAGCGGUAACACAGGCUUCAAAUAUGCAGAUAUACUGCACAUUAUGUAAUUUUAUACCACUAGUAAUUAUAUAUAUAUCCAUGUAGUUUCUUUAGUAAGCUUUAAAAGCUCCAAAAAUAGUUUUGCGGCAAAUAUAAUUGAAUGAAAUAUGGCUGUUGUAUGUUCAAACUUG